GUAGCAUCCCCCAAAUCCCAAAUACAUAACCACGUAGCAAAAUAUUAAUCAACUCUAGCAAAAACGCGUUUUCGGUUUUUCAACUUUUAAUCCAAACACAACAAAAAUUAAAACAAAAACAAACAAACAAACAAAAACACAAACAAAAAGAAACCUCAAAAUCUCAAACCAAUCAACCCAAAAAAAACAAAAUCCCAAAUUAAACUCCAAAAAAACACAAAAUUAUAGUCGUCUGGAUCUCUCGAUCCCUUUCUUCUUCUUCUCGGCCGCCAUUACAAUAAUGAUGGCCGCGCUCGGAUCCGAUCAGCUGAAGCAGCUGAAGGACAUCUUCAUGCGGUUCGACAUGGACUCCGACGGGAGCCUCACCCAGCUCGAACUCGCCGCCCUCCUCCGCUCCCUCGGCCUCAAGCCCACCGGCGACCAGCUCCACGUCCUCCUCUCCAACAUCGACGCCAACGGCAACGGCGCCAUUGAGUUCGACGAGCUCGUCACCGCCAUCCUCCCCGACAUGAACGAGGAGAUUUUGAUCAACCAGGAGCAGCUCAUGGAGGUCUUCCGAUCCUUCGAUCGCGACGGCAACGGCUACAUCACCGCCGCCGAGCUCGCCGGUUCCAUGGCCAAAAUGGGCCACCCCUUGACGUACAGGGAGCUCUCCGAUAUGAUGAUGGAGGCCGACACGAACGGCGACGGCGUCAUUAGUUUCAACGAAUUCGCGACGAUCAUGUCUCGGUCCGCCGCUGAUUUUCUUGGGCUCUGACCGGCUCUGGCGCGGGGCAAUUAUAUAGGAUUUCUUGUGUCUGAAGAAAAGGAAGAAGAACGAAGAGAAAGUAUAUACUUUGAUUAAAAUAAUGUUGGAGACAUGCUAAUCAAGGCUCUUUUAGUUAAUUAAGAUCAGAAUUACCAACUAAUUACAAAAAAAUCUUGUAAGUAUUUUUGUAUAAAUAAUAAUUUGUGUUAAUAUGCAUGUCA